AUGGAUCCAAAUUACCAUUGCAACAGUUGGCGCAAUGAGUUAUUUCAUGCGGUAAUGUCCGAUAUGCUAUUGUAUCAGUAUCGAAGGCAUGGUGUCCUAGUAACUGGUGCAUCCGGUUAUCUUGCUAUCCACUGCGUGCAACAACUACUGCAACAAGGUUACAAAGUACGAGGAACACUUCGAGACCUGAAUUCUUUUGAAAAAGCUAAUCCAUUACGACAACUGGCAAACAGUGAUCAACUGGAACUUUUCCGUGUUGCUCUUGAGGAUGACGUGGAUCUAUGGAGAAAAGCAAUCAUGGACUGUACGUACGUAUUGCAUAUAGCAAGUCCGUGUGAGAUGAUAGCAGAUGAAACGAUAGUGGAAAUAGCAAUUCGUGGUACCUUAAAUGUCCUUCGUGGUGCCGCACAACUGCAGUGUGUACGAAAAAUCAACUGCUUAAUUAUUGCAUCUGAUGCGUCUCAUUUACCUUGGUGUUAUUGCGCACGUAUCCAUAUCGGUUAUCACACUUUGCCGUUUAAUCCAUCGAGAAAUGAAGUUAAUGGUGCUGUGGGACAUAAAAAUCGGACAAAACUUUUCACAGAGAAUGAUUGGACAAAUUUGAAUUGGAAAUACUUACAUCCUUACCACAGAAGCAAAACGUUAGCUGAACAUACAGCUUGGAAUUUCAUGGAAAAAAAUCCAGAUGUAUCAUUUUCGUUGACAGUUUUAAAUCCUUCCCUGAUUGUUGGACCAUCAUUGCAAAGUGCUAAAGGAUCAAGUGUUACGAUCAUAAGUCGAUUUAUGGAUGGUUCAAUGCCAGCUUAUCCAGCAAUGAAACUUGGCUUGGUUGAUGUUCGUGAUGCUGCUCGAGCACAUAUUUUAGCAAUGAAAGACAGAAAAAGUAAUGGACAAAGGAUUCUUAUCACCGCUAAAACAUUAUCUUUUCGACAGAUUGCUAAAACUUUACGAGAAGAAUUUGCUAAAUAUGGCUAUCGUAUUCCGCGAAUUAGAGCUCUCUAUAUAGCUGUAUGGCUCUAUUCUCUGGUAGAUAAAGAAGCAUUGCAAGCUUUAUCAUUAUAUGGACAUGAGGAUAAUUUUGAUAAUUCUAAAGCAAGCAUUUCAACUGUUGGGUAUAUCAUAUCAAGAUGUGAGAAAAUCAUUGUUAGAUAUGGCUUAUGA